GACAAGGAACAUCCCAGAUUCCUGAUCCCAGAACUUUGCAAACAGUUUUACCAUCUGGGCUGGGUCACUGGCACUGGAGGAGGAAUCAGCUUGAAGCAUGGCCAGAAGACAUGUUUGUUUGUGACAUCAAUGAGCAGGACAUAAGUGGGCCUCCAGCAUCUAAGAAUCUUAAGAAAAGCCAGUGUACGCCUCUUUUCAUGAACGCUUACACCAUGAGAGGAGCAGGCGCAGUGAUUCAUACCCACUCUAAAGCUGCUGUGAUGGCUACCCUUCUGUUUCCAGGACAGGAGUUUAAAAUUACACAUCAAGAGAUGAUCAAAGGAAUAAGGAAAUGUACCUCUGGAGGGUAUUACAGAUACGAUGAUAUAUUAGUGGUACCCAUUAUUGAGAACACUCCUGAAGAGAAGGACCUCAAAGAACGGAUGGCUCGUGCCAUGAAUGAAUACCCAGACUCCUGUGCAGUUCUAGUCAGGCGUCACGGGGUGUACGUGUGGGGAGAAACAUGGGAGAAAGCAAAAACCAUGUGUGAGUGUUAUGAUUACCUGUUUGACAUUGCUGUCUCCAUGAAGAAGAUGGGGCUGGAUCCAACGCAGUUCCCAGUUGGAGAACAUGGAAUCGUAUAAGCCAAGUGGACGCCUAAGAAUCUCCAAAAAUAAAACAAACUCAAUUACGCCUUAAAUAAAACUCUGCUACUUUUAAAUGAGUUGGAAAUUCUCUUGAUGUCACUAAUUUGUCACAGAAUACUACCAAUGGUCUCUUAUACUGAAUACUACCAGAUAAUCUCCUGUGACUUUAAAUUCUUACAGUUUUAGGGGACAGGGAGGGGGGAAUAAGAACGUAUUUUAUUUAGUGUUUUCUCAUUUUAAAGAUUAUAAGAGAAAUGUUUGCCUUCAAGUUAAUUCCUUUUGUGUGCAUUCUCAGAGAAUUCUUUUUUAUCUUUAAAGCACUGGUAAUCAUAGAAUUUCCUUGAAAUUUUCCACUUAUUUAUGGGAUAACCAUUUUAUUUUAAGUUGAUGCAUAAAAUAUACAUGAACUAUUUAAAA